CUGCCAGGAGAGCCUGGCCACCCCCAAGACUGGACCAUGAGAUGCUGGAGAGGACCAGAGCCCCGGCGAGGCCCCAGCCCACGCCAGGGAGCCUCACCACCGCCUUAAGGCCGACCCGGUGCCCGGCAGGUCCGUGCCGCGCUGGCACCGCUGCUGCUGCCGGAACCGGCACCGCCCGCUCCCCCUGCGCUGUCCCCGAGGGGGACACGGCGUCACCCUGGCCACUCAGGGCCAGCCCUGAGCCACUGGCACCAGCGGGGCGCUGCUGGUGGGCUCGGGGGGCCGUCCCCCCGUGCUCUGCGUGUCCCCACAGCUGCCCCUGCCUGGCCCCACUGUCCCCGUGGCCUGGUGGCUCCCCAGCUCUGCCCCCAGGGGACAUCCAGGGGCUGUCCUGCCUGUCCCCACCCCUGUCCUCUGUCCUGCCUGUCCCCACUGCUGUCCUCCUCCCUGCACCGUGUCCCCACACCUGGCAGGAGGUGGCACGGAGCUGCCCCGCUUCAGGACUGGGCACAGGGACCUCUUGUGCUAUCCCCCUGGGCUGUGGGGACACGGUGACUGUCCCUUCUCUGGGCUCAGGGAUGUCCCCCAGAGCCCCGUGUCACCCCCAAUUCUGUGAGGACACAGUGACUAUCCCUUCCCCGGGCUCAGGGACCUCCUGUGCCACCCUGGGCUGUGGGGAAAUGGUGACUGUCCCUUCUCUGGGCUCCAGGAUGUCCCCCAGAGCCCCGUGCCCUGUCCCAGGCUGUGGGGACACAGUGACUGUCCCUUCUCUGGGCACAAGGAUGUCCCCCACAGCCCUGUGCCACCCCAGGCUGUGGGGACACAGUGACUGUCCCCUCUCCGGGCACAGGGACCUUCACCAGAGCCAUGUGCCACCCUCCCUGUGGGGACACGGUGACUGUCCCCUCUCUGGGCACAGGGACCUCCCCCCAGCAGAACCACGGCUGCUGGCACGCCCGUGGUUGUUUUGGUGGGAAAUAAAAGCUGCUGGUAGCUGGAAUUUGGGAAUUUGGGGCUGGUGGAUCUGGUGGGGGGGCCAGUGCCGGAGCAGGGGCAGCACCCCCAGGCUCUGGGGGUGCUCCUGUCCCUUCUGUACCCCGAGAUGUCCCCGUGGACAUGACCCUGGUGGAGCCCAGGCCCCGCUCUCUGCUCCAAAAAGUCACUUUUAUUGUGCCAAGGGCCGGGGGGAGGAACGACUGUAAACAGGGAUGUGACAUAUACAGGUUAAGUUACUCGUGGUCUUAUUAACAAAAUAAAGCUCUAUCUAUAUUUACAA